UUGAUGGCGAGUAUCGCAGGAUAUAUCGCAGAUCAAUCGCAGCUCCCCUCCAUGUUACCCCCAGGAUCAGGAUCAGACAGAAUGGCUUCAGUUCACUCCCAACUCUAGGUAGAGGUGCACGCGAUCGCUCCAAAAAUAGCGCGAAGUAAUGCAGUGACAUUCAAUCAGUGUUUUCACAGUUGACCGGGGAGUGAAUAGUUUUGGCACGUGUUCUAGAGAAGAUCUGCGGUUAAAACGGUAUCACAAGAUGCCGCUCCAAAUACGAAGGGAAGGUGUCGUUAGCUUCCUCCGGCAGAAUCUCUUAACAUUACUGACAGUCAUUGGGGUGGUCGCUGGCACGUUUCUAGGAUGGGGACUUAGAGCUACAGGGUAUGAGUGGACGAGACGAGAGGUUAUGUACUUCCAAUAUCCUGGGGAAUUAUUUUUGCGGAUGCUGAAAUGUUUGAUCGUGCCGCUUCUAGUUUCGUCCAUUGUAUCUGCGAUUGGAUCUUUGGAUCUUAGUUUAUCUGGAAAAGUAGGUCUUCGAGCAAUCAUCUACUACAUGACGACGACGGUGUGCGCAGUCAUGCUUGGUAUAGCCCUUGUCACUACUAUUAAGCCAGGCAAAUCAUCUGAAGCGUUUCAACAGCCUAACGCGACGAAAAUCAUUACCAAAGACACCCUGACAGCAGACACGCUACUCGAUUUAAUACGAAACGUUUUUCCUGAAAACAUCGUGCAAGCGACCAUUGCUUCAUAUCGGACAAGGCUCACUUACGAUGUCAACGAUACAAAAGCUAUAAAAGGUCACCUAGAAACAUACAAGAUAGAAGGCGACUAUCAAAAGGGCAGCAACGUGCUGGGGUUGGUGUGUUUUAGCAUUGUUCUGGGAAUCACUCUGGGCAAAAUGGGAGAGCAGAGUCGACCGCUGCAAAAUUUCUUCCACGCGCUUUCUGAAGCUAUGAUGAUCAUCACUGGAUGGGUUAUUUGGCUAUCUCCUCUCGGUGUAUUUUUCCUAGUGACAGCGAAAAUUAUGGAAAUUGAUUCGUUUUCGGAGCUGGUUGGAAGGCUCGGCUUGUACUUUAUGACAGUACUAUUGGGUUUGUUCCUCCACGGCUUCGGCACUUUGAGCAUUUUGUUCGUGAUAGCGACCAAGAAGCUCCCCUGCCGGUAUAUCGCUAAGAUGGGACAAGUUAUGGCCACCGCGUUUGGUACUGCUUCUAGUUCAGCAACAAUGCCAAUAACGAUAGGAUGUUGCGAUGAAAUGGGGCUAGAUCCUCGGAUCACUCGCUUCGUGAUCCCCAUCGGGGCCACGAUCAACAUGGACGGUACGGCGCUGUAUGAAGCGGUUGCUGCUAUAUUUAUCGCCCAGCUGCGGAAGGUUGAGAUGUCCUUUGGGAAAAUUGUUGCUGUCAGUGUAACAGCGACAGCAGCCAGUAUAGGCGCGGCGGGCAUCCCGCAAGCGGGGCUGGUUACCAUGGUGAUGGUGCUGGAUACAGUUAACCUGCCCGCUGAGGAUGUCUCCAUUAUCCUUGCGGUUGAUUGGCUGCUCGAUCGAUUCAGAACCACAAUUAACGUAGUGUGCGACGCGUUGGGUGCGAUCAUUGUAACUUCUCUAUCCCAAGCUGAUAUAGACAAAACUCGCGCCGUUCAAAACAACGAUAGAGAAGGCCCAGCGCAUGAACUCAGCGAUCUAGAAAAGGGCGAACAUUGAAACGUUAUAACGCUAAUAACGAACAGCGUUAUAACGUCAAUAAUCGUUACCGUUACCGUUACCGGUAUCGUUGUCGGUGUUCGAUGUUCAAGUAACGCUUAUUGUAAGAACAAUUUAGUGUGAGUAAUUGUAGCCAUGUUGUGAUUAAUUUAUUGUGUUACUCCAUUGUAUGUCAUUUGUUGGAUGUUUUAUAUCAUAUUUGUUGGACGUUCCGUUACAGUUGAAAAAUGUAUUAAGUAGUUUGGAGUUUAGAUUUUUGCAUAAACGAAAUUCGGUGUUAGUACUUUUACAAACAAAAUUCAAUGUACGUAGAUUAUGAGCUUAAAGUUAUACGUGUUCUCGAUGUGCCAAAACACUUACCAAUGAUUUUAUAAUAAAGUAGCAGUUUUUAAAAUCUCUCACCACAAGAAUAUUUAGGCAAAAUUGUAGAUGAACAAUAUAUAAAAUAAAACUACUUUUGGAAACCGUUAUUCGAAAACAUGCUACGAAUUUUAUGAUAAUAAGACACAUCGAUAGAAAACAUCUUAUUAUAUUAGUACAACAGUAGGUACUUUUUUAACUGUAUGUUUCAAUACUAUUUACCUGACUAUAUCUAGAUAUUCCAAUAUUUUCUAUAUGUACAUUGAAAUCAUCAACUAUUGUAUGGUUGUAUCUAAUUGUGCGCCUGUAAAGUACAUUACCUAUAUCAAAAAUAGAUUAUAUAAGUAACUUGUAUAAUAGUUAUGUGCCAUAAUAUUAGAUGUAAAUUAGAAUUUAGUCACCCAUAAAAUUCUUGCAUUCCAAAUGAUAUUUGUUAUUUAUAUACACUAUCGUUUUGAACGAAAAUUAAUAUAAUUGAGUUGUCGCAUAUCGAAAAGAAAUGUGAAUAAAGGUUAAGUAUCUUUUGAAGGUUAAAUAACAUAGUUAUUUGAAUUGUUUACUCAAAGUUUACGAAAAGUAUUAUUUGUCCGUAGUAUAAACAUUACAAUAUAAAAGGUGUUAGAAGUAGAAUGUCUAUUUAUGGUAACAAUUACCAAUUUUUAAACAAUACGGCCGUUUGUGGUGUUUAAAUUAAUUAAUGUGUUCAUCAUUUAACUCAGUAUUGGUUUUAAUUAUGUAUAAUGAAACAGUUCUCUAGUCUAUUGUUUUCGAUAGCUUGUGUUGAAUGUAGAUAAAUAGAUAUUCUCUAUGGUCUAUGAGGUCUAUGGUCUAAUUAGUAUGAACAAGUUCAGUUUCAAGAUUUAUGUGAGGACAAAAACUUUAAUUAUAUUAUAUUUAAAUAAUUUAAUAAUAAAUACCUUAUUGCA